AUGGUCUCUGCUACGAGCUCCAAGUGGACUGUGUCGGCUGCGCAGCUCGCCAAGCUCAAGGAAAAGAUUUCGCCUCCUGUCUCGGAAGUGUACGCCAAAGUGGACCCUACCCCAGCUCUGCUUAAAGUGCACAUCUCGCAAGCUGAAGUGAAGAAGAACACCAGCAAAGCUCACCGCGUGAAGCUUCGUACCGCCUACGAUGAUAACAAGGAUGGCGUGGUGCUCUUGCUAGAGGUGCAGGACAGCAAGACGAGGAAAGUUAGCGGGGAGGAAAGACGUCACACGAAGAAUUUGUGGUGUAGUAAUUACCACGGCAACUCUAGCUACUAG